UUUUGUGACAAAAAAUAAAAAUACCAUUAUAAAUAGGAACAAUUAAGAAAUUAAGACAUAACAUUAUUAAAGUGUUGUAAUAUAUAUGGUUUUAAAGAUGUUUGGUUUAGUCUACUUUAAAAAGGUGGUUUAGUCUACUUUGAAAAGGAUAGUACACUUGUAAGUGUGCAACAAAAUCUCAGAGACUUGACAUUCGAAGUUUUCAAGCGAAAAUCAAAAUGUUCCAUGAAAUGGGGCGCAGAAGACGAUGAGGAAAGAAUUAUUAUUACCAGAGAUGGUUCAACUGAUGGAACAUUAUCCAACCACAAUAAAAAGAUUUGGAAUGCGCAAGUUUUGCAGUGCUGCCUUUUACCUGAUGGUGAAACUUAGUUCCGGCCAUAAAUCCGAGGGAGACACAAGAACGGUCAAGAGGUCAGGUUCUGGCGGGAACAAGCAUGACAUAAAGCCUGUGCUUGAUGCCGUCAUCAUUUCUGCCUGCAAAGGUUAUGUCUGGAUGUGGUGCAAAGACCACAGCAAAACAGUGCCAGAUGACACCUCUUUCAACAAGGCAGUGACACUCCAAAUAGACUACUCCAGGAAAUAAAUGAAAUCAUCUUGUUUAAAUUGAGACUAAAAAUAGGGGGUGAUUUUUUAAUUUUUACCCUGUCAUAAUGUGAUCAAUUC